UCGGUUUCUUCUUGUGUCUGGGUGUGGACUUGAAUUUUUAGUUAUAAUAAAAAAGGUCUACAUUAUGUUGGUGUUAGACUCCAGCAAUAAUGAUGUAUGCCGUCGCCCAUCGAAAGGACAAAUUCAGGUUAUAUUUGGACCUAUGUUUUCUGGAAAAACAACUGAAUUAAUUCGGCGGUUGAGAAGAUAUCAAAUAGCAAAGCAUGAAUGUUUAGUCAUAAAAUAUGCCAAUGAUAUGAGAUACGACAGUAUCAAUGUUGCGACACAUGAUAGACAAAUGAUUCCUGCUGUUGCAGCUACAACUCUCACAGAUUUGAAAAAUGAAGCAGAAGCCUAUAGUGUAAUAGGUGUAGAUGAAGGACAAUUUUUUCCAGAUACCGUUUCAUUUGCCGAAGAGAUGGCAAAUAAGGGCAAAAUUGUGAUUGUUGCUGCCUUGGAUGCUACUUUUCAGAGAAAGAGCUUUGGUGAUAUUUUGCAACUGGUACCUUUGGCAGAAAAUGUUAUUAAAUUGACUGCUGUUUGUAAACUCUGUUUUGAAGAGGCAUCUUUUACAAAACGAAUUGGAUGUGAAACUAAGAUUGAAGUGAUUGGAGGUAUAGACAAAUACAUGGCUGUAUGCAGAAAGUGCUAUAGUUUAGAUUAUCCUUCACCUGAAAACGGGGAUAUUUGUGUGACUGAGAUAAAAGAAAAGGAAGCAGAAAUUCCUAGCUAAAUAUAGUUUUAAUUAUUAGACCACUGAAAUUUUUUAUAUGUUUUUAUAGUCUUUUAUAUUUUAAAUAUUUUUUGGAAAGCUUAUUUUGUUUCUGUUCUGGAAACACUUUUUCUUAAAAAGUGUUCUGGAAACAAUUUUUCCAAACAAAAAGUGUUUAAUUUUAUUUUAUGACAUGCUUCUGAAGUGUGUAUAUUGUGGCAUAGUCUACUUUGUAUAUAAGAUUUCAUCAUAUUUCUAAUAUCAUACUAUAAAUAUUAUUUUUUCAUAAUGUACAUCUUCAUGUAAA